UAGUAUGUGUUAAUAGACUGGAAUAUUAGUUUUUUCUGGUUUAAUAUUCUCAUACUGUAAAACUAUACAAUUGUAUACGAACUGAACCAACCAUUAAUACAGAGAACCAAUUCUGGUGCCUGAUUUUUAUUUUAUUUUUUGGCAUAUAAAGUACCCAGGUUGUUACACAUUUACCAUGACAACUACACACACUACAGCUGAUUUCCGAGGGAAGGACUAAUAAUUUCAAUAUUUAAUUGUAAGAGGCUAAUGAACAGGCUGCAUUCAUACUUGCAUCAGAUUGGUUCUUGCAAUUGUUUAUUUCCAGCCGAUACAAAUAAGCCCUCGCUGGGAAUGUCACCAGGAUGCAACGUGAUUGGCUUAUUAUAAAACCACGUGAACAGAGUGACUUUGGGAAUUGAAGUCAGCAUUCAUUAAAGUUUCUGACAAUGCACGGGCAUUCAGCUGAGACAAGACGUAUCAACAGUGAUAUCCUGCAACAAGAUUCAAAGGGGAGAGGGGACCAGCUAACAGUGUGGUAAGCGCUCUGAGAAGAAUCAAGAAAGAAUAUGGAAAAUGCAUCCAUGGUGACAUCAGUGAUACUGACUGCCUUUUAUGAAAUGGAAGACCUGAAAUACUUGUACUUUGCUAUUUUCCUUCUUGUGUACGUUACCAUUGUUGCUGAAAAUGUCAUUCUUAUUGUGGUCAUUUAUGUUCAUAGAGCUCUGCAUGAACCGAUGUAUGUCUUUGUCUGUAAUUUGGCGUUUAAUGAAUUGUAUGGGAGCACGGCUUUGCUGCCUCCCAUUAUGAGUAACUUAGUGUCAGAAACUCAUGAAGUAUCUCUACCAUGCUGUCAAGCACAGAUCUAUUGCUUGCACACAUAUGCAAUAACUGAAUUUACCAUUUUAGCAGUGAUGGGCUACGACAGGUACGUUGCUAUUUGUCACCCCCUGCAGUAUCACAGCAUCAUGUCUGUUUCCAAAGUGUGCAAGUGCAUUGCUUUCUCUUGGCUUUACCCACUCAUUGCUUUUGCUGUAUUUUAUGCCUUAACGCUGCAACUGGUAUUUUGCGGAAGCGGCAUAGAGAAGAUAUACUGCACCAACUUUUCACUGAUCAAGCUCUCCUGCACGGACACGACCGUCGUUAGCAUCACUGGAUUACUUUCGCUGGUCGUGUACAGUUUUCCACAGCUUGCCGUUAUACUUUACUCGUACAUACAGAUCCUUAAGAUCUGCAUACGCUCCUCCAAAGGAGCGCAGACGAAAGCACUGAAUACGUGCAUUCCCCAUUUGCUAGCUUUGAUUAACUACUCAGUCGGUUGCUUUUUUGAAAUAUGCCAAAGCAGGCUCAAAAUCGCUCACUUACAUUAUGGAGCUCGUAUUUUCUUGUCCCUCUACUUUCUGAUAAUUCCUCCCAUACUAAAUCCUGCCUUGUACGGAGGGAGCAUUCAAGCCAUAAGAGUUAGGAUUUUUAAAUUGGUCAAAGUCAGAAACUGCAAUAGCCAAUUGCGCAUAAUGUAAGGGUGAGGUAGGCCUAAUUAUUCAAACAAGCAUGUUUUUAAUCUUUAUUUUGAAGCCAGUUAUUUCUUAUGGAUUUGAAUAUGUAGACAUAAGACUCUAGACAGGUCUGUCACAUUAGUAAAAUUACUUUGUUGUUUUUCUAUUUACGAAAAGCCAUCGCUCGGUUGGUGAAGCCCCACACCCUUAUAAUACAAACAACGACUAAUUUUGUCUCUGAAUGUAGAGCAUGACAAUGGAAGAGAAAUAUUUUUACUCAUUGCUCUUUUACCUCACUACACUAACAUGGCAAGGGCAAAUUGCAGCUGUUCCUGAAAAGCCUUUUUUCCCAAUGACAUAUAAUUCCAAAUAAUUCCUUGUAAAAAUCAUUACAGUUAUACAUCACGUGCAUCCCACUAGGAGCUGUGAACCAGUACACAGCGGGAACAUUAUGCUGCUCAUGUGAUCUCUUAUCCGUGAUCACGAGAAGACUGCAGCACAACAAAAAUACCUAAAUAUAAAUAAAUAAUAGAGAAAAGCCUUAAAUACAAUGUUGAAAAACAGCUGUUGCAUUUCAAGAACAAGUGAGCAAGAUUACUUCAAAGUGAAUGAAAACAUUUCGCGGGAAAAUAAGAACAAAUACAUGGACGAAUGUGGGCAUGAACCAAUGCACAUAUGUGUGUGACCGGGCUGUUAAUGGAUUGCGGACGUGCUGCACUGUUAGCGCUAAUCGUCACUGUCAAACACGCUAGAGUAGGGGGUAGAGGCUUCUCUGGCCUAUCGCCAAACACCUUUUUUGUUCUGUUUUGUUUUGUUUUUUUUACACACACGUUUCAGAAGAGACUAAACUGGCAAUCCCUCAAAACCCACCUGUUUUGACUUGCCUACACCUAGCCCUUUCUCUUUCCCUUCCCGUACGUCCUAUUUAACCUCCUGCAAUCCCAACAUUUCUAUCCUCUGCGCCAAUUGAAUGCAUGUAAUUAUUGCUAAUUGUGCUAUCCACUUUGGCCAUACAUGUACUUUUAAAUUCAAUUUUAUUUUCUGUAUUUUUCAGCCUAUCCUAUUUUAAUCUGUGUUUCACUGUGUCCAUGAGUUUUUGAAAGGCGCAUU